AAAACCCCAAAAAGCCACUACUGCUGCCGCUGCUGGCUGCCGCGCGCUCAGUGAUUAUUCCGCUCUCGCUCAGCUGAGUGUCGGCAGCUUCAAAGCUCAGCCUCACUUUCUUUCCCGUCUCUUUUCCAGUCACCGCACUGCGAUUCCGCGAGGUGAGGUUCAUAGCUCCACAGCUCAACACCUGACUGUGCACACUAGCAAAGAGCCCGCCGGGACACCGAAACGGGUUAAGAAAAAAGCAAAAAGCAAAAGGUGGGUUGUGGAGGGACGACAAAUGCUCGAGACCCGCGGCAGGUGGCCCCACACCCGACGGGGAGGGAGACGAGCACAGCAGUGAUGGGACAGUUUUCCGGAGGAAGCUGCUGGAGUUUUUCCAUCCUCGUGCUCCUUGGUUUGCAAGUCCCGGCGACGUUAGCUCGAGGUCCCAGAAGUGAAGCCCUGCAACAUGGCCAGUCGGGGACCCUGCCGCGCUUCUUGGAGGAGCCUGUCGAUGCCUACAUCAUCAAGAGCAACCCCAUCAAGCUCAGGUGUCAGGCCCGGCCCGCUCUCCAAAUCUUCUUCAAGUGCAACGGUGAAUGGGUCCACCAGAGCCAGCACAUAUCCCAAGAGCACACUGAUGUCGUGACAGGGCUGAAGAUCCGCGAAGUGAUGAUCAACGUGUCGCGUCAGCAGGUGGAGGACUUCCACGGCCCAGAGGACUACUGGUGUUUGUGCGUCGCCUGGAGUCACCUGGGGACCUCCAAGAGCCGCAAGGCAAGCGUCCGCAUCGCCUACCUGAGGAAGAACUUUGAGCAGGACCCCCAGGGCACCGAGGUGCCUCUGAACGGCAUGAUUGUUCUGCACUGUCGUCCUCCAGAGGGAGUGCCAGUGGCUGAGGUGGAGUGGCUGAAAAACGAGGAACCUCUGAACAUUGGCGCCGACGGCAUGAUCAGUAAGAAGGGUGACCAUGAGCUGAUCGUCUCGGAGGCCCGUCUCUCUGACUCCGGCAACUACACCUGUGUUGCCAGCAACAUUGUGGCCAAGAGACGCAGUGUCACGGCUAUGGUUGUAGUCUACGUGAACGGAGGCUGGUCGUCGUGGAGCGACUGGUCGACCUGCAACGUGCGCUGCGGGCGGGGCGUGCAGAAGCGAUCGCGGACCUGCACCAACCCGGCACCUCUCAACGGCGGAGCCUUCUGCGAGGGCAUGUCGGUGCAGAAGAGCACGUGCAACACCGUGUGUCCAGUGGACGGAGGCUGGGGGGAGUGGAGCGAGUGGUCUGUGUGUAGUUCCGACUGCGACAGGCAUCGCGGCAGAGAGUGCACGGCUCCGGAGCCCAAACACGGAGGACGGCUCUGCGACGGCGCAGCUUCAGCAGCGGAAAACUGCACAGGCGGCCUCUGCACGCAGAAUCGGAAGUUGCUCCAUGACGCAAAGCCACAGGGAGUGGAAAGAACCAGUGAUGUGGCCCUGUACUCAGGCUUGGCUGCAGGAGUGGUGACCGUGGUGCUGCUGAUCGUCGCCGUCACUCUGUAUCGGCGGAGCCAAAGUGAGUACGGGGUCGAUGUCAUCGACUCCUCUGCCCUCACUGGGGGCUUCCAGUCUUUCAGCUUCAAGACGUCUCGUCAAGCAAACCCCCUGCUCAUGAACUCAUCCAUGCAGCCGGAUCUCACAGUGUCCCGCACAUAUACCAGCCCCAUAUGUUUCCAGGACUCCAUUGACAAGGAGUUAAUGGCCGAUCACUCACUCCUUGACCCGCUGCCUGAUCUGAAGGCGAAAGGAGCGACAGAAAGGGCAGAGUACCACGUCAUGUCCCACCCUCAGACAUUUCCACGGGGCUUGGCUCCAGACUACAGAGGGGUUGCAGUAGGGACAACGCUGGGCAGGAGAGGCAAAAACCUUUUCACUCCGCGGGUCUUUCAGACGCUCAGCAGGCCUCUGCACAAAGCAACGGCGGUGUUUGGCCAUGCUGGAGGCAGGCUGGUGGUGCCCAACACAGGUAUCAGUCUGCUGGUGCCUCACGGGGGGAUCGCGGAAGACACUACCUGGGAAAUGUACAUGAGCAUCAACCAGGAGGACAGCAGCACUGUGCCGGAGGAUGGGAUAGAGAUCUUUUUGAGUCCUGCCGUCACGUACGGCCCGCCAGGCCUUGACCUGUCCUGUCCAGUAGCCAUGACUAUAGCACACUGUGCAGAAGUCGCUGCUGACAACUGGACCAUCAGGUUAAAGAGACAAAUCCAGGACAAGUGGGAGGUGAGUGAACUCGUUUUAUCUUCAAUUCAAAAUUCAGAAACAAUCAGCCGACCCAUGUCAAAUUCAACAAGUCUUCCUAAUCCCUUCAUCCCGUCCCGCCCUCCGUCUCUCUCGGCUCCGCAGGAGUUCUCCUUUUCUCAGGUGUGGGCCAGUAACCGGUGUCCCCUGCAGUGUGCCUUCUCUCUGGAGCGCUACAGCCUCUCCUCGUCUCAGCUGUCCUGCAAGAUCAGCGUGCGGCAGGUCACAGGAGAGGAGCAGAUACUCCAGAUCUACACGUCUGUCGUGGAGAACGACAAAGGAGCGGUUCCCUUUUUCACGCAGUCCGACUGCACCAUCACCUCUCAGACAGGGUCAAAGGCCUUCAAAAUCCCCCCGUCCAUCCGGCAGCGGAUCAGCGCCACCUUUGACACGGCCAACGCCAACGGGAAGGACUGGCAGCUGCUGGCUCAGAAGCUUCACAUAGACAGGAACCUGGGCUACUUUGCAUGCCAGGAGAGCCCGUCGUCGGUGAUUCUGAGCCUGUGGGAAGCGCAGCACCAGGACCCCGGGGACCUGGACUCUCUGGCCAGCGCCCUUGAAGAAAUCGGAAAGGUCCAGUCCCCCCGGGAGGCCGGCGCUCUCAGCUGCAGCAAAGACUCUGAGCUGACGAGACUCGGGUAGGGAAAAGGGUUUCUGGCGCAGUCCGAGUCCCGACAGACCUUUACUGCAUGAACGCUGACGAUCGGGUGUGCCGACAUACCCGCCGAGAGGAGGAGACUGUUACUAAAGGAACACCUUUGCUAAACCAAAUGGUCCACACAAGACACGACGAAGUCAAGGACAGAUCGAGCGUUUGUGUUACGAGAGGUACCGAUGCGUUUUGGGGAAAGGUCGUCAGCGAGGUGAACCACCUUUCAAUUGAGAAACGCCCACAAAAAAAAAAAGCUCCGAAGUUCAAUCCAGCCGCUCGUAGUUUCUGAUUUAAGACAUACGUGUGAAGCGUUUCCUUCUACCGGGACGGAGUCGGUUUCCAACGCACCCUUUCCAGAACCAGACGUAAUCAAAUAAUCCAAGUGGCCAGAACAACAAAAAAAUAUAUCCUUACAGUAUUUUCUCAUUCAUUUUAUAGAUUUCUAAUGAAACUUAUUUUAUUCAGUGUAAAUUCAGUGUCUCUGCAGUUUUGAUUUAAACAGGAAGAAAGAUAUAAAGUUUUUUUUUUUCCCUCUCCAUUCCAUAAAGUCAGAGACACUGACGGUGAUUAGUAUCUAAAAGGACACGCGUCCAUUUGCUGAGGCGAUAAUGGACGGAUGAAUCACGCUGAUAGCUGUAAUUUU